AUGACUCUUUCCUGGACAGCACUCAACAGACCUGACGGUACUUGGACAGAACUUGGCAGCGCGCCUAAUCGUGUCUAUCAGCGGAGUUUGGGACUCACCGAAUCUGCCUUUUACUGGGACGGCGAAGCCGCGGGAACUGCCGAUGUCGUUGAGCGUAGCAGCAUUCGCAACAUCCAGGCCGACGAAGACCGUUUUCGUGAAAUCUGGAAAGCGGUCAAGACUCAGUUCCCACUCGUUGGAGCGCGCGUUGAGGAGUUGGACCCGCUACAAUUCGUGAUUGAAGAAACCCGUUUGCGAACAAUUGCUGGGAAACAAGAAUUCCACUAUAUCGCGAAUGCUGACGCGACUUCCACUAUGGCCGCGCUUGACGAGGCUCUAAAUGGUCGUCCACGCCGUCUUGACUGCUCGACUCUGGUGGGGGUGACUGUUUUACAUCGGACUGAUCUCGACGAUGGCUCAUAUGACAUAAUAACUGUCGGGGCACACUUAAUCUUGGAUGGCAUCGCAAGCUUCAAUCUGGCUCGAACAAUUGGGAGACUUGCUUCAAGUUGGCCUUCUCUUCACACAACUAUCGACCUCCCGAAACGACUGGAGAUGUUGCCUUCAGUCGAGUCUCUCCACACCAAUCUUCAAUUGUCGCUUCCCCGCCAACGCUGGCGGCGAGCGAUUGCAGGCGUGAUAUUUGGACGCCGUGCUUCUAUGCUGCGUUUCGGCCACACAUUACCCAGAAAAUGGUCAGCGCAAAGUCCUCGUGCUCCGGCCCACUCCUCCGUUGUCCGCGCCAAGCUUGCCCCAGAAACGACCCCGAAAGCUCUUGCUGCUUGUCGACUUCACGGAGUGACAUUUGGAAAUGCCCUAUAUACUCUUGGACAAGUUGCGAUGUCCCGUGUUCUGCAUCGGCGCGUCAAACGUGGCGAACUUCCACUUGAGGAAUGGGACUCGCGGCUCAAAAGUCCUAUGCACACCGGUGGUCCUGUGAACCUGCGUCAAUUUGUAGUACCCGAAUGGCAUCAAGCCGGAGGUACAACAGAAAUCAACUUGUGCAUCGGCUUCUUUGUUAUGUCGCUACCCUUCCUUCCUCAUGCCCCGCUUGCCGACAAAAGCGAUCCGAAGUCUUUCGUGACAGACGCGACGCUCUCCCCUUCGUUCCCGUCCUUGCUAUCAAGAGAACGGUUCUGGUACAGAACCAAUCUCGCCAGACAACGGGCGCUCGCAACCUAUCGCCACCCGCUAUUCUCCGAACUCCUGAGCGCCAACACGCCCGCCCGCAUCGCCCGCGGCCGUGUAUUUGCAGAGGCAUGGCGCAAACUCCAGGCGGGAGAAGAAGUCGAACCGUUGCCUGAGCUGGCGGCGGAUGCGAUGGUGUUUACGCAUAUUGCAGCCAGUAUGGGCGUUAUGGACACUGAUUCAUCCUCCGACCUUCAUCUUCGCUGUCGACCCGGAGAGUUGUAUGUCGGGGCAAAGACUAUUCAGGGGGUUACAGAGUUGUGGGUAUUCUAUGACCGGAACACAUACCAAGAAGAGGUUGUUCAUGAGUGGCUCGACGAAAUUUGUCAAGGUCUAGCACAUUAUCUUGUGGGGGUAGAUUCAUAG